UUUUGAUAGACACGUCUUUGUUCAGUGAAAAUUUGAAAUUUUUUCAACGGUCUUUACUGUGGCCAUCUUGGAUUUGAUCUUCAUUUUGAUUUUAGUUUGAAAAUUUGAAUUUAAAAUGUAACAUUUGAAGGAACUAUAUUUGUGCCGAUGUGAAGUGUCUUUAGAGGAACACUUUAUUCUGUGUUUUUUGAAGAACAUUUUGUUAUUUUAUUUGUUAAAUAUGGCAGAUCGUAAAUCUGACAGAAAUAAAGAUAAAGUCAUGAAUUACAAAGUGUUACAUGAAGAUGGAACUAGUUCUCCUUCAAUUGUCAAACCUGAAACUAUCAAGGUUAAACACCAAUCUGCUGGUAAAAAUACAGGAACUGAAAUUUCAUCAGUUCAAAACCCCAUCGGGAACCUCUCAGCGGGAAAAAUGACAACAAAUGUAAAUUCCACGACGGAUAAUUUAUUAUCGACACCGGUUAAGCCUCCUAGCGAUCUUGACGAAGAGUCGGGAAAAACAGAAAAACUGAAAUUGAUGCAUAGGUUGCAGGAAUUGGACAAGGUCCAAUCUCGUUUACAAGAACGGCGGGAGUUGGAGAUAUUGAGAAAGCAGGUGCAGGAAAGGGAGAGUUAUAUCGAAACUUUACAACAUUCGUUAGGUGAAGGGAGUUCGGAUGGUGCGAUAGUUCGACCAAAAUCAACGAUAGCGUCGGGAAAAUCGAAGCCCAAAUUGGCAGCAAGCUUCGGUAACCCAUCGUCCACUGAGAUUUCAUCAGAAAAAACAGGUCCUCAAGUCUACAUCUUGUCUGACUCAAUAGCCAAACAUGUGACAGAUAUUCGUUUGACGAAGGUUCAUCCAUUUCCUGGUAUUAAUAUCUCCAGAUUAACUUCCAAGAUUGAAAAUGAUCCUGUUUUAGUCUCCAAACCCUUUACAAUUAUACAUGUUGGUACAAAUGAUAUCAACCGUUUUUCUGAAGAGGAGAUUUUAAGUUUGUUUAAUAAUUUGAUUUCAGUUAUUAGAGCAAAGUCUUCUACUCAUAUUAUCAUCUCGAGUAUUUUACCUAGACCAGUGGAUCAUGUUUUAACUGGUUCAAAGGUUAAGAGAAUUAAUUUUCUUUUGAAACAGAAAUGUUUGGAACGUAAAGUUCAAUUCAUUUGUUCAUUUCGUCCCUUCUUUAAAUUUGGUAAGCCUCUGAGGGAUUUAUUUGCAGUUCGUGAUGGUGGUUUGCAUCUUAACAUUGAAGUUUUGCCUGUAUGA